AUGAAUGAUAGACUUAACAUUGUUAUCGAUAUGAAGAUGCCAUACACCCCGCCAAAAGAUUAUCCAAUUCGAUCGAACAAUCGACUCUUUUCCCCGAAUCUUACCUCUUCCUCAGAAAUGUCCGCUCCUCGAGUGAUUGCCGAACUGGUGGUGACGGGUAUAAGGGUGUUGGGAAAAGCUACGGCGGCAGCGGGCCAGCAGGCUGUGAGGAACUUCAAGCACAAGCCCGAGGGAGCACCUGACUCCGGACCUGUCGGAACUGGAUCGUCGAAAAAUAAGAUAACGAGUCAGCUGAAUAUGAGUUUGGACGAGGCUCAUCUGAUCCUGAAUGUGAAGAAGGAUGAUCCGAUGGAGGUGAUCCAGAAGCACUACGACUCUAUAUUCACUGCGAACGGUCCCCCCACCGUCAAACCCGAGACUCACACCACUCCCUCAUCUUCAGCUAAGAAAUCGUCCAGAACACCCACGCAUUCACAUUACCUACAGUCUAAAGUAUUCCGAGCUUUGGAGAGGAUAAAAGCUGAACGAGAAGCCGAAGCACCACCACCUCCAUCUACACCUGAAGCUCCCAUCCCUACCCCUGCUAGUACGAUAGAGACGUCCAAUCCGAUAUCGAAGGAGGCGACGAAGACGGUUAAAGAAGGUGAGACGGUGGCUCCUCCGCCUCCACCUGGGUCUGUAUAG